UAUUAUUAUUUGUUGGCACAUUUCGUUCGCACCAAUAUGUAAUAACAUAAGAAUAUAAUUUGCAAAAUGCUCUUAUAUAACUUAUGAGUAUUUUAUGUAUGUGCACCUCCUAGUUUUAAGUUAGUUCUAAGAAAUGCUUGCUGUGCCCUAACAGGGUUCUUUGUGAGCCUACCCUACCUAAUGUUACACCUAUUUUGUACCACAUAAUAUUAUGCAAUAAAUGAAUUAUGAAUUAAUAAUAUAAUAUAUAAAAUAAAAGCGAUUCACCAGAUGCCAGAUGAGUAAAUGUCAAUGAUACAGAUUAACAUAAAGUUGUAUGUUCAAAUCAACGGCCUCUAGAACAAGAUCCCUAAAAUCAGGAGUUUAUGAUCAUCUAUGUAUUAAGCAUUUUAGUUCCAAAACAUAGCACUAAGCAUUAGUUAGCUUUGCGAUAUGGUAGAGUAUAUGAAUUUUACUGUAAAAAUGUGAAAUUCAUUUUAUGUUGGCUUACAUAACCCGCAAUGCAUCCCGUACCCCGCUCCCAUCAACUUAGGUAAGUAUAUUUUGAGGGUAAAUUAGUACAAGCGAGAUGCACUCCGAGGACUUAAUCAAAUUUAUAUGAGAUUUAUAAACUUCUAAGAGCUUUUGUCGAUUUUUUAAAAAACACUCAAAAAUAUUUAUCCAAAUAAUAAUAUAUACGUUUUAUUCAUAUAACUGAGUCCCGUCCCGCGUGUCGUCUUAAGCUGAACUUGCUCCAGCCGUCAGUGGCGCUCCGUCAGCCGAGUCGGGAGCACGUCCGUACGCCGCGCUACAUUCAACCCACGAUCUUAAAUACGAUCGCACUAAAGCGAUUCACGAUAUUCAUCGCAAACUCUUCAGUCCUAUGUUAUUUAUGUGCCGCAUCUAGUGUUUUCGUUUAUCCAUAUUUGUGUUCUGUGUGUUUUGUUUUAUUUGAAAUCGAAGGUACGCAAGUACCGGACGCAACUAUUGUGAUACAAUGUCCAUUCAACGGCCGUUAACGUGGUGAAGAUGCCUCUAAUAGACCAUAACUCCAUUUCAUGAGGGUACAUUGAGCAGCAUGAUUUUAAAGAUAGGAGGGAAGCCUCCCGCAAAAGCACCGGCACCUGCUAAGGUGGAGAAAGAAGUGAAGAAGACGAAAUGUGAUGACAAAUGUCCAGGAGAUCCUUGGAUGUACUGUGUGGUGUUAUGGUGUGCGUGUGCCAUGAGCCUGAUAUCGAGCGGGUAUAGUCUGUACAAGCAGCAGGGCCUGCAGGAGAGGUUGGCAGUGUUGGAAGAGCAGCACUUUGCGUUAAGGAGUGCGGUGCUGGAGCCGCAGCAGCCGCUGGUGGAGAGGUUACGGCGGGAGGUGCUAGCGCGGCCGCCGCCUAACUGGAGGGCGAGGAGGAGCAUCAGAGAUUAUGGACAGUGUGGAUGCCCAGCAGGUCCACCUGGACCUCCAGGCAAGCGAGGAAAGAAGGGCAAGAAGGGCGACACUGGGGAGGCAGGGCCGCCGGGUGUAACGGGAGCACCUGGGAAGAAUGGAUUCCCGGGGAGCAAGGGCGAGAAGGGAGAACGAGGCUUCAUGGGCCCCAUUGGGCUGGACGGGCCAAAAGGAGACCCGGGGCGGCCCGGGGACAAAGGACAGAAGGGCGAGCACGGAAGCCCUGGGUUCGACGUGUUCUCUGCCAUUAAGGGCGUGAAGCGCUCCGUCGACAACUAUAAGAUCAGUCCGUACACCACUGCGGAGAUCAUAGCUGUUAAGGGAGAACCUGGGGAGCCGGGGCCGCCGGGACCUCCAGGCGGGGCGGGUCCCGAAGGCCUGCCGGGCCACGACGGGCGCGCGGGGCCUGCGGGGCCUACCGGGGCCCCCGGCGUACCGGGCCCGGCCGGGCCCGCUGGACCCACCGGACCACCGGGUCCAAGCGGACCGCAGGGGCCUAAGGGUGAUAGAGGAGACAAAGGAGAACGUGGUUUCACGACAACGCUGAAGGGCGACGCUUUCCCCACCGGCAUCAUCGAGGGUCCUCCCGGCCCGCCUGGACCGCCUGGGAAAAGCGGUGAAGCAGGUCCACGUGGUCCUCCUGGACUUGACGGUCUCAACGGGGAGGCAGGCGUACAAGGGCCUCCAGGAAAACCAGGCGAGAUCGGUCCAAAGGGUGAAAAGGGUGACUACGGCGACAUGGGCUCACCGGGCAUGCUGGGCGCACCUGGGUUGCCCGGACCUCCUGGAUAUCCAGGCCUUAAAGGCGACAAAGGAGAUAAGGGUGACUCGAAGUACAGAAAGCUGAGGAGACGACAGGGAGACGGCACCGGAUACGAGCUGUACGGACAUGAAAUUAUGAUGGGCCCGCCGGGCGCGCCGGGGCCGGCGGGGCUGCCCGGCGUGGCGGGCCCGCCCGGCAUCAAGGGCGACAAGGGCGAGCCGGGCGUGCGGGGCAAGACCGGAGAUAGAGGAGAAAAAGGUGACGCGGGACCUAUGGGAUUACCAGGUCCAGUUGGACUACCAGGCGAGCCAGGCGAGCCAGGCCGGCCAGGCGACUUAGGCCCUAGAGGCCCGCCUGGACUCGACGGUAUGAAGGGCGCGCAGGGCGAGCCGGGCAGCAAGGGAGAACGCGGUGACCCGGGGCUGCCGGGCACGGAUGGCAUUCCAGGACAAGAGGGCCCGAAGGGCGACAAAGGAUAUAAAGGAGAACCCGGUCCAGCAGGGAAGCGCGGGCGCAAAGGAGACAAAGGUGAUAAGGGCGAGCAAGGUGUGCCAGGACUGGACGCGCCGUGCCCGCUUGGGCCCGACGGUUUACCGUUACCAGGAUGUGGAUGGCGACCCGCCAAGGAGUCCGUGGCGGCGCUACCUCGGGAGCCAGGCGAAGAGGGCGCGGGAGGGGGAGGGCCGGGGGACGUGGGGGAAGAAUCAGAGGAAGAGCCUGGCGAAGAGUACGAUGUGCGCGAGGAUGAGCUUGAUGCGCCCCGAGAUUACGACGACUACACCGACAAUGCGCAUCUCGCCCUGCACCAUGACUGAACCCCUUAACCCUUAACCACUUUUUCAUCUAACACCCGAUUUCACCUUAGACUCGAUCGAUCUCCUGCUAGUGGCGUUGGGCGUACAUACCUACAUUAGGUACAUUACUCAUAGUGGGUACGACGACGGCUUGAUGUCGACAACGACCUUCACCCUUGAACGCGACGACAUGUCUGUUCGGACCAGCAGGGGCCGGCGCGAUCCGACACGAAUCAAUGCGAUUCUCCGUGAAUGAAAAUGAAACCAUAAAUCAUCAAGAGAACUGCUAUUACUUUGUUUUAAAGUUUAAUUGAUUCGAGGGUGUAUUUUGCUUCAAAGGCUUUAGUAUUAUAUUUUUUACUCAUUGGGGAUAGUGCAGUACCGCGUAACUAACAAAGUCGGUAGAUUUGCAAAUUCAAACAACGUAACAAGUAAAUUGGAACUUUCUGCAUUUGUUAGUUACGCGGUAUUGUAGUAUUCCUGACGAAUUGUGCAAAAAAUACAAUGACAUAACGUCGUCAUUCGGUUUUUUAUUUGUAUAUUUUUGAGUUUUAUUUUUACACCAAAGUGUUUGGCUUUACUGUGUAAAGAAUGAAACAUGUUUAAACUAUUCCAGAAAGCUGCAAACACAAAAACACGUUGCAUGGACAUUAAACCGCGAACAAGGCCCAAUCCCAAUGUAUGCACAUUUGUAACAUGCUACGUAAUAAUCAACUGUCUCACUGUUUCCAUAAAAAGUCCGUAGCAUAAAAUUUAUGGUUCGGGUGUGUGAGCGUAAAAUCAAAAAGUAAUAUUAUCAAAUUCGUCAAUAUAAAAGUACACCUUUUUGCGGAUAUGGGUUCAAUAAGAAAUAGGUGGUACAGCCGUGAACCAAAUUGAUGUUUAUGACCCAAGGUUAUGUAUGUCCUUGUCACAUAAAUGGGGAAAAAAAACUCCAAAAAAGAAAUUAUUUCAUAUUGCCAAUUUUCCAUCAGACGCUAAGAUAAGUCUGUUUAUUAAGUAGGAAAAUUUAUUUACAGUACAUAUGGUGCUACUUUACCGCACUAGUGCGAAAAUUAGCAUAUUACGUUACUGUGUCGAACAUUUAAAGGGCCAUAUGUACUGUGAAACGUUGUACGAUACAUGUGCGAAUAGGUAAUUCGCAACUCGUGUCGAUUUAAAGCACUCCCUUCGGUCGUGUUUUAAUUUAUCGCCACUCGUUUCGAAUUUCCUAUUUUUCGCACUUGUAUCGUAAUGUACUAUUACGGUACAUAAUUAAGGUGCUGCUGUAUAGCACUAGUGCGAUAAUUAACGCAUUACGUGCCUAAUAUGUCGAAAAUUUAAAGGACCAUAUUAUGUACCGUAAAACGUUGUGAUACACGGGCGAAUAGGUAAUUGGCAACUGAUGUCGAAUUAAAACACUCCCUUCGGUCAUGUUCUCGUGUUUUAAUUUAUACCCACUCAUUGCAAAUUUCCUUUUUCGCACGUAUAUCGUAGUGCUCUAUUAUAAGUACCUAAUAUGACUCAGGAACAAAUAUUUGUGUCCAUCACACAAAUAAAUGCCCUUACCGGGAUUCGAACCCGGGACCAUUGGCUUCAUAGGCUUCAUAGUCGUCAUGAGUUAAUGUCUUAUGAUUUGCGGAAUGACUGGGUAAUAAAAACAAAAUACAAAUUUGAGCAAACUUUUUUGCACUGAAUGUCUAAAGAACAGACCGAGACCAGCAGCUUAACCCUAAAGGCUGUCCGGGAUAAAAACCGAUCUUUGUCAGCCAUGAAGGUGUUAGUCGAAGCUCAUUCGAUAUUAUGUAACUUUAGGUCGAAAACGCCAUCACGAACUUAUGGAACUAAUGAUACGUGACAGAAAAAUUAUAUUGAAAUACAUUGGGUAAUGUUCGUUUUCGUCUACCAAGGUGAUCUUUUUAUGUUUAUUAUUGAAACAAAAAUUCCCAGUAUAUUACGGCAGGUUCUUUUUAUGUGUAAUACCUAAGUACCUAACCUGUAUUUAGAUAAAAGACUGUAAUAUAGUAUUAAUUAAUGAAAUGCCGCACAUGUCAUGAAACCUAAAAAAAUAAGUAUUCGAAUGAAUGGUGCAAUGUAACUGAAUCGGUCUCCAUUCAGGGCAUAUGUGGCUUCUCUUUAACCAAAUAAGUUUAGUGUUGUAUUAUUAUCAAAAGCCACAUGGCGUCAAUACUGAGAAUGGAGUCUAUUUAACAAGCAUCAAUUUGAAAAAAAAAUUGAUUCAUAUAUUAACCUAAUGUAGUUACAUUAGGUUCCAUCAGAUGAUGGAAUUAAGGAAGCCUAACAGACUUAGUGUUCUCAUUUAAACUGUUAAAUAUCAGAACAAAUUUAAUAUAGUGGACAUUCGGGUGAAUUAGCUACCAACAUUGACAGUUACUAAACUUACUAAUGAAUACUGAUUUAGGUACAUACUGUAAUAUAAAACGUUUUAACUAAAGGCAAUACGGAUAAAUGUGGCUGCGGUAAAGUGUGACUGGCAUUCAUACCGGGGCUUGUUUGCACAUUGUGUUUUUUGCGAGUUCAUACAUUUGCCACUAAAGGAAACUAUAUAUGAACUCGUUAUAAAUGGAAACAGGCCCCAACGUGAAGGCCAGCCAUACUUACUCCGCAGCCACACUUAUCCGUAUUGACCUUAUGACAUAGUAAACUUAAUUAGAUAUUUUUAGUUUUAUUCCUUGGGGUGUAGUUGGAUGUGAUCAAUUUGAUUUGAUUUGUUGUAAAUAGUCCCCGCUCUUAUCGCUAUUCACAGAUGAAUGCGGGUAACUCUGUAAUGUGUUCUGACGUUAGAAACUAUACGUUACUAAAUAAGUAAAUAAUUCGUUUUGUAUUGAUUUGUACUUCAUCUGUAAAUAAAUCGAAUUAGUAUCAAGUUUA